AUGGCACCUCACAUGUGCUCCGUCGUUCCCCCUUAUCUCCUCAACGCCCUCGCCGAGAGUGAGCACAACAGCGAUGAGAUUCGCAAGUCAGCCCGCAGCUGUCUCGACUUCAGCAAAACCUACCUAGAGAAGCGCCAGCGCGUCUUCACCGAGCUGACUGCUCCCCGUGGCUUUCGAGGCGCUGCCGGAUACCAGCCCAAGCAGCGCAUCAUCCCGGACGUUCUGCUGAAGCACAUCUCCGAAUGCGAGGACGUCGACGAGGAAACCCGCUCCAAGGCCAAGCGGGACCUCUCUCACAUCGAGGACGUCCAAGCCAAGUAUCAGCAGGCCCAGGGCAUCGCCGCACAGGCGAAGACCCUCACUGCUGCCGCUGAACCGGCCAAGGCCGAGACGACCUACCGCGCUGUGUACGAUGCCAAGCACACGGAAGACGAGGGCAAUCUGCCAGGCGAUGUGUUGCGCGUCGAAGGACAGAAGGCCGUCAGCGACGAGGCUGCUAACCAGGCCUACGAGAACGCGGGCAACGUCCUGAGCUUCUACUCCGACAUCUUCAACUGGAAGUCCAUCGACAACAAGAACAUGAACGUCAUCAGCUCCGUGCACUUUGGCAACAAGUACGAGAACGCGUUCUGGGACCCCGAGAUCGCGCAGAUGGUAUACGGCGACGGCCACAAUUUCCUCGGCAACUUCACCAACGCCGUGGACGUCAUCGGCCACGAGCUCACGCACGCCGUGACGGAGCACACCUCGCCGCUCGACUACACGGGCCAGUCGGGCGCGCUGAACGAGCACGUCUCCGACACCUUCGGCAUCAUGGUGAAGCAGCGCGUGCAGGACGAGACGGCCGAGCAGGCCGACUGGCUCGUCGGCGAGGAGUGCCUGAUGCCCGGCGUCAAGGGCGUCGCCCUGCGCUCCAUGAAGGCCCCCGGCACCGCCUACAACGACCCCCGCUUCGGCAAGGACCCGCAGCCCGACAACUUCAAGGACUACAAGUUCACCUUCGAGGACAACGGCGGCGUCCACUUGUACUCGGGCAUCCCCAACAAGGCCUUCUAUCUCACCGCCAUCGCCUUCGGGGGUUAUUCCUGGGAGAAGGCCGGCAAGAUCUGGUGGGAGACGCUGCAGAGCGGACAAAUCCCUCCCAGGUGCACCUUCAUGCAAUUCGCCGACGCAACCGUGGAUAAGGCCGAGGAGCUCUUCGGUGAUGAGGGAGCGGCGGUUGUUCGCAAGGCCUGGAACGAAGUUGGUGUCAUCCGCAAAUCACAUGCCUAA